AUGCAUCGUUUUAAGCAGCGGUUUGGAUUGCGCGUGAAAGCCGUAACAGGAGAAAAGGCAUCGGUAAACGUUGAAGCGUACCUAAAUUUCAAGAAGGUUCUACAGAAGAAGAUUCAGGAAAUGCAGCUAUCACUAUCCCAAGUCUUUAAUGCAGAUGAAUCUGCCUUGUUCAUCAAGCUCCUAGCCACACGCUCUGUCGUUACCUGUUAUGAGACCGUGGCAAGCGGACGGAAGCAAAACAAGACAAGGUAUACGUUUAUGCCUUGCUCCAACAUAGAUGGUUCCCUAAAGCUUCCGUUGUAUUUCAUUUGCACUGCUGCAAAACCACGAGGAAUCAACAUCGAAGAACUUCCCGUUUCAUAUAAUUAUUCCAAAAAGGCUUGGAUGACCAGACUGUUGUUCCGUCAAUGGUUCCACGAAGAGUUUGUCCCCGCUGUUCGAAAAUUUUCGGCCGAGAGAGGAUUGGAGCCAAAGGCAUUGCUGGUUCUUGAUAAUUGCACCAGUCAUUAUGACGUUGACGAAUCUCUACAGAGUGACGAUGGACUGAUUCAAGUGAUCUACCUCCCACCAAAUGUAACUGCUGAAUGCCAGCCGAUGGACCAAGCGGUCAUCAAUGCAAUCAAGCGAAAGUAUAAAAGAAAACUGAUGCUCGCAUUAAUUCUGGAAAACGAACACUUAAGUUUCGAAGAACGAUUGAAGAAGAUUAAUCUUCAACAGUGUAUUUCGUGGUUGGCAACCUCUUGGGAGGAGAUAUCUGACAAAACUAUACGUAAUUCGUGGAAGAAAUUGAUCGAUGGUUUGCCGGAGGAUGCUGUUAAUGUAGACUCGAAAGCGGCCGAUGAUGACUUCAAAGCGCUUGUGUCCAGGAUUGACAGUUUGGCAGGAACAAAAACAUCUGAGCAAGAUAUUGAUCUGUGGAUCAAAGAUCAGGUGUAUGAUGCUGAUCAUAAUCCAGAUUGGGUAACCAGUGAAGUGUUCUCUGAUGACGAGAUUUUGUCAUCAGUUCUCAAGAAAGAUCAACCUGAAAUGCAAGAAGAAUGGUUGGUAGACACAGAAGAUGGAAGUAAUUCGUUUGAUACUUCCAUUACUAGUACCGGAGAUCCUGAUUUUGGCGAUGCAAUCAAGUCAAUUGAUUGCCUAGUUCGCUAUAUGAAGCAUGAUGUUGCAGAAGUAUGCCGUUUGAACGCGCUACGUUCGAAAAUCACUGAAGUUGAAUGGCUAAAACGAGUAUGUUGA